AGCCAAGGCAUUUAAAAGUGACGAUUUCCGUGCUAGUGAUAAAUGGAUUAAAGAGAACAGUUCACUAUUUCGAGAGUCUGCAGCAUUACAUCAGUGGCAUGACAGUUACUUAUCGUGCCUGACGUCCGGAUGCGAUCUGCUGGAAUACUCUUAUAUUAUUUCUAACUAUUGAGUAGCAUUAGAAGCAGGAAAACACAAAAUGAACGGGGAACUCAAGUAUCCAAAAGCCGUUUUUCUCAUUAUCUGUAUGGAAUUCUGCGAAAGAUUUUCAUUUCACGGAAUGCGCAUAAUUCUAUCUCUAUACUUAAAAAAUAAAUUGGACUACACUGAUGACACGGCCACUACAAUCUACCAUGCCUUCAUGGUCCUUGGAUACUUUUUUCCAUUAUUCGGUGCAAUUUUAGCCGAUUCAAUACUUGGAAAAUUCAAAACCAUUCUCUACUUGAGUGUCUUCUAUGCAGCGGGUCAAAUUCUCCUUGCUGUUGGUGCUGUACCAACUUUUGGACUACCAGUUAGGGAACUUUCGAUGAUCGGAUUGUUUUUGAUUGCCAUGGGCACCGGUGGGAUAAAGCCGUGUGUCUCAGCAUUGGGUGGAGACCAAUUUGUCCUUCCUGAGCAGGAGAACUAUUUUCGCACAUUUUUCCCCAUAUUUUACUUUACCAUAUGCAUCGGGGCCCUUUGUUCAGCAUUUCUCACUCCAGAAUUACGUAACGGAGUAAAGUGUUUUGGUGAACAAGAAUGCUAUUCAAUCGCCUUUUUUGUUCCUGCACUUCUCAUGAUUCUGACCAUCGUGAUCUUUGUCAGCGGUGGACCAUUCUACAGGAUAAAGAAGCCAACAAGACCUAUUGUCCUGGACGUUACCAAAUGCAUAUGGCACGCCAUUCAAAGAAAGUCAGAAGCGACUCAAGAAGUCAAGCAAAAGCAUUGGUUGGACUACGCUAAUGACAAGUACGAUCCGAAAUUCAUCAGUGAUAUUAAGAAAACUGGACGAACUCUGAAGUUGUUCACAGCUUUUCCAUUUUUCUGGGCUCUCUCAUCACAAGUAGGAUCACGUUGGACUUUCCAAGCUACAAGAAUGGAUGGACAGAUUGGCAGUUAUCUUCUGAAAGCCGAUCAAAUACAGGCGGCUGACCCAAUUUUUGCUAUAAUUUUAGUUCCUGCUCUCAGUACUUUUAUUUAUCCAGUGUUGGAGAAGAUCAAAUGCAUUCACACACCACUACAAAAGUUGACAGCCGGUGGAAUUCUAGGGUCAAUUGCAUUUUUCGUCGCCGCAAUUGUGGAAUUGCAAUUAGAGACGACCUAUCCAGUCCUUCCCACCACCGGAUCUGCACAACUCCGAAUUUUUAAUCCCAGGGAUUGCCAAUUACCUAUCAUAAUAGGCAACGAAUCCAUUUUAAUGGAACCCUUCGCUGUUUGGGGAGGUCACAACAUGAAUGUCAUCGGCAAUCAAUCAAUACCGUACGUCGCCGAUUUUUCAUUCUGCGGUGGAGAUGAAAAAAAGGGAUUCAUCACAGCUUUUGAAGGACAGGCAACUUCAUAUGUUUUGGAAGCAACAUCUCCCUACGCCUAUCAGGACUACAUUAAUAAAACGAAAAGUGGCAAUCCCGCAAUUCGUAUGUUGACCAACAAUCUUAGAAGUCCAAACACUUCAACAAAGGUCGAAUUAUCAGGAGUGAAUUACGUAUUUGAGAGUUCAUCAUAUCGUGAACGAGUGACAUCAGUCGCAGAAUUCCUUCCAGGAAAAUACAAUGUCAUUGUUAACGGGAAAGAUGUUGGCUCAAUUUCGAUAAAGCUCGGGGGUGUUUAUACCUUACAAACAUUUAUUGGUGCCAAUACCACAAAAAUAAAUCUAUCAGAAGUCACACCACCAAAUUCGGUACACAUCCUAUGGAUUCUACCUCAAUAUAUUAUUCUAACGUUGGGCGAAGUUAUGUUUUCCACGACUGGAUAUGAAUUUGCAUUUACGCAAGCUCCGAGUACGAUGAAAUCACUUGUUCAAGCUGUCUGGUUACUAACAAUAGCUGGGGGCAAUUUGAUUGUUGUAAUAAUGACUGAAGUGGGUCUUUUUAAACGGCAGGCUUUGGAGUUUUCUUUUUUUGCUGGUUCAACCAUUAUUGUCUUUUUGAUAUUUGCGGUAAUGACGAGGUCUUACGUGUAUCAGAACUACAGUGAUGAUGAAAUCCUUGGGGAUGAAGAUAAAAAAAUUCCACUGACACAGGGAACCAGUGAAGUUCAAAAUUGUAAUCAAGACAAUUUGGAAUUAUAGAUUAUAGUCAUGACAAUCCUUCAAUGUGACAACAACCGCUUGGAUAUUAAAUAGUGAUCAAUUGUUGGAUCGAGGGACCAGAUUGAAGAGCGUUCGAAUAUUCUAUCACAGUAUUGAUAUCUUUUUAUUAUGAAUACGUAAAAAUAAAAACAGUCCAUCUUUGAGCGAAAGGAAGUGAGUACUUAACUAAUUAAUAUAUUUCCCAUGCUUAAGAUGCAGAAACCAUUAAAUUUGGACUGAUGACUGCAUAAUGAACUUACUUUGUUC